AUGAAGGGAAUUGGGUCUGUCGAUAAGAGCAGAAUCAAACAAGAAAUUGGUGAUGUUAAUCUCAGAAGACCUGUUGGGUUUGGUGAACAAGUUGUUGCUGGUUGGCCUUCUUGGCUUAGUGUUGUUGCUCGUGAAGCUAUUCAUGGUUGGAUUCCUCUUCGUGAUGAAAGUUUCGAGAAAUUGGAAAAGGUUAAAUGCUAUAUGCAUCAACUGCUAUCUGGCCUUGAACACUGUCAUUCAAGAGGUAUAAUGCACAAAGAUAUCAAGGGAUCCAACCUUCUUGUUAGUGAUGAUGGAGCUCUGAAGAUAGCUGAUUUUGGCCUGGAAAAUUUUCUUAGUGUCGGGCACAUUCAACCAUUAACUAGUCGAGUUGUUACUUUAUGGGUUCAGGUUGCUGAUGUGGUUGAUUGGGUCUGUGGUGUUGAAUACCAACUCGCAGAUGGAAGGAAAUGGAGUAUGAUAGGGGAAGUUGUUGUUGCUUAA